AUGAUUCAGGUCCAUGGCAUAACUAGUCCCGGUGAAUCGCCCCAUGUCUCAUCCGACAAAGAUGCAGCAUUGGCGGUGGUGGGCGAGUUCGCCCAAGAAAUUGACCCGGUAGUGGAAAAAAGGGUUCUACGAAAGAUCGAUUUGUAUUUGAUGCCUGCUAUGCUUGUCGGCUAUGGCAUGGUCUACUAUGACAAGGCUAUCUUAGGUAGUGCUACACUCUUUGGCAUGACGACCGACUUGGGAUUGCUAGUGAAAGACAAUUCCACUACUCCUCCAUCUGUUGAUACUUCACGCCUCAGCUGGGCAACAUCAAUCUUUUAUUUUGGGAUGCUUACUGGUCUCUACCCAAUGACAUUUAUCCUCCAAAGGUUUAACACUCGAACUGUUCUCGGUCCAGUUGUUCUGACGUGGGCCAUUGUCUGUGCUGCCACUGCUGGUGUGUCAACCUGGCACGGACUAUUCGUGCAAAGAUUCUUCCUUGAAGAACGGAGGGUUGCUGUUGAGAGACUGCGCAAGGGACAAACUGGUGUUCGGUGCCAGAAGAUCAAGUUCAAUCAAAUUAAAGAGUCUGUGAUGGACAUAAAGAUCUACCUGGUGGCCAUCAUGAUGGCGGCAGCGUACACUAUCAAUGGUGCUAUCUCGGGCUUUGGGCCGCUGAUUGUCUCCACAUUCGGUUAUGAUACCCUUCAUUCAAUUCUAUUCCAGUUUCCCGUCGGCGGCAUUUGUGUCAUUUUCAUUCCCCUCUGUGGCUAUAUUUCUACUGUUAUCCCUAAUAUCCGCAUACCCUUGCUCAUUACCUGCUGUUUACCUGUCAUUGCUGGCUGUGCGAUGAUUUGGAAAUCCCAAUGGGCAUAUCACCCAGUUAUUCCAGUCAUUGGCUAUGCACUCACCGGCUUCUUUGGGCCCGUGGUCAGCUUGGUCAUCGCAGUUGGAGCUAGCAAUGUUGCCGGGGCCACGAAGAAAACUGUCAUGGCAGCAACCGUGUUUGUGGCAUACACUAUCGGCAACAUCAUCGGGCCACAGCUUGUGAAAAGCAACACCAAGUCACAACAUUAUCCAGAAUUGUGGACUGGAAUGAUUAUCUGCUACUGCAUUACAAUUACUGCCGCAGUCGUGUUGUAUCUUGUCCUUCGGCGGGAAAACAGAAUUCGAGAAUCUUUGGAAUUGGAUGAGGUGCAGCGAGACAAGAUUGCAUUCGACGACCUGACCGACAAGCAGAAUCCCUUUUUCCGAUACGCGUUGUAG